CUCUACUUCGUAAGUAAGUACAUCACCACAGAUUGGAGUCUUCCACCAUCACAUCUCACGAUACAAAACCUAGAUAACUGACUCCCCGAACUGACUAAUGUUAGACCUCUUUGUUUGAGCGUCUUGAUUACACCGAUCCUCUUAGCUGUCUUGACUGUACCUAUUCCCUCUCUUUUUUGCAACCCCAGUGCACCUCGACGGUUGCGCCAAUCCCUAACCUUCUCCAAAACCAAGGCAAAUACGCCCAGCCUUCGUUUAGCACGGGCACACAUUCUAUCCAGCCAGCCAGCCAACUGCUUGCUGCGUGACCAAAUAUAUUCAGGCCUUGUGUCACCCAGGCUUCCGUUCUUGUGUUUAUAUUUUUAUUAGUUAAUACCAGCACGGGAGACUAAAUAGUCGCGCUCCUGGCCGGAAUCCUGGCCUAUACGCAGCUUCUCCAUUACCAUUCGACCCGGGGCUCUUAGCAACCAUCGUUAGUCCCACCCGGUUUCCAAUCUUUUUGGUCGACGUUACUCCAAUCCUACUGUGAUCCUACCGUGUCUUCCCGUCAAUCGCGUGCGCUCUCUUGGCAUUUGUAUAUAUCCUAUAAAUCCCAAAAAAGGACAGGUCCUGUUAAUUUCGAGCGCGGCUCGCCACGGGAAGAAUCAUGGCCGGACUCAUGAGCAAGCGCCAACAAGCACGAAACGAGCGCGCCCUUCAGGAUCUCGUGCAAAGCGUCGCCGGCAACAACCUAUGCGCCGACUGUGGCGCUCCAAACCCAUCCUGGGCAUCAUGGAACCUAGGCAUAUUCUUAUGUAUGCGAUGCGCUGCCAUCCACCGCAAGUUGGGCACGCAUAUCUCCAAAGUUAAAUCGUUAAGCAUGGAUAGCUGGACCAAUGAUCAAGUCGAGAGCAUGAAACGAAUAGGAAAUGCUGCCUCGAAUAGGACUUAUAACCCCCAGGGCAAGAGACCGCCUGUGCCUGUCGAUGCCGACGAAGCUGAUUCCGCAAUGGAACGGUUCAUCCGAGCCAAAUAUGUGCAAUCGCCCAGUCGAACACCGACAAACGGUCCAUCUAGACACAAUACAGGAAGCUCGGACGAGGGUACGCCUCCACCAUUACCUCCUAAGACGGGUACUCGGUUCUUCAAGUCGGGGACACUUUCGUUUCGAUCCAAAAAGGAGCCUCAAAGCCCACGAGAGAGCACAUCUCCUCAACAAGCUUUGCCACCGCGCGACGACCGUCUACGUAACAAACCGUCCAAGGUCUUCGGGGCAAGUGUGCAUCAAGAUAGUGUAGAGGCCACAGCCAUAAAGCUAACACAGCUUCGUGACAUGGGUUUCACGGACGACAAACGUAAUGCGAUGAUAUUGAAGGGGGUAAAUGGUAACCUAGAAAAGACAAUCGAAACUCUCGUGCGUCUUGGUGAAGGAGGCGGGGCAAUCUCGCCUGGUGUAGCGACUCCUAGAGAGCCGUUAUCAAGGUCCUUGACGCCGAAAGUCACAAAAACGGUCACGAAUGGUCUAUCUCUAUCAAAACCGAGCCCUCCUCUUCCAGUUCAAAGUCCGUCGUCGCCGUCCAACGAUCCCUGGGAAAUUUCACCGUCGCCUGCCCAGCCCCAAUCGUCACAAUCGACUGGGACAUUGCAAAACAAGAAUCCAUUUUACAACAACAAUCCCUUCGGUGCGCCGAGUCAGCAGAGUGAAUAUAACUUGAGCCAGUCUAUCCAGAACUUGUCGCUGGCACCGUCUCAGCCGUCUCAGCCACCGCUUUUCCCGCAUCAUACAGGCGGGGCACCUACAACGCAGCCAGUGUCUCAGCCUACAUAUCCACAUUCUAUGACUCAGCCUAUGCCGCAAAUGCAGAACUUCGCAUCUGUGUCGUUUAAUAGCAACCAAACAUACCCACAGCCCUCGCAGACACCGCAGCACGCCUAUAACCCCUUUUUACAGGCCCCUGCUCCGGCCCAGCAGCCCUUGUCUCUGAACACAUCUCCGUACCAGUAUCAGGGACCUCUGACGAAUAAUCCAUUUACAAAAUCUCCAACUAGAGUGGUGUCGCCCAUGUUAAACCAGAUACCCGAACAAUCACAGCAAAAUGUAUAUAAUUCACCUCUGACCCCAUAUAGCGCCAACCCUUUCAUGACGAUGAUGAACCAGCCGGCUCAGAUAUCCCAACAACCUCAGCAAGACUGGUAUCAACAACAGGGUCAGCAAUAUGUUCAAAACAUGCAGCCAAACUACCCCGCCCAACGGGCAAACAAGGAGUCGAUUAUGGCCCUGUACAAUUACGUACAACCUGUGCCAGCUCCUACACAAUCACCAGGACAGGGCAUUUCAAACCCCUUCGAGACAAGUCCGAUGGCUUCUUCCAUACAGCCCCCGACGCAGGUGUCUUACCAGCAAAGCGCUCCAACUGGCACGAAUAACCCAUUUUUGAGCAACGUGGCUGCUCCCGCACCCUCUGCCUUUGCGCCCACGAACUCAGUCGCUUCUGGUGCAAGGAGCCGAGAAAGUAUGAUGCUUGGAAUGGAAAUGGCCUGGAAUAAUGGCCGGCACAGUCCGGAUGCGUUUACAAGCUUGAGCGCGAGAACUGGAUAGUGAGCUCUCGGGGUUUAAUGGACACUAGUAUAUAUUGUAUGAACCUGUUAACAUAUCAUGUAGUUAUAAUAUAAUGCAGCCUCGUCAUGAGAGAGGGGGUUGGUCUAAUGAUUCCACGGAGGAAAAUGACAAAAGUUGAACGAUUA